UGGACAAAGAUGGCGGAGAUGUGAUGCUCAAACAACUUUACCACAACAAAAGUUUAAUCUAAUGUUGUAGAUUUCAUUGAUCACACAUUGCACUAUUCCCGACAAAUCAUGAGAAAACAUAGGUUUUCUCAGAUACCAUGGAAAACAGGAAAAAUCUCGAUGCAAGAAGGACGCCCAAUGAGGCUGGUAAAAGUUUGCAACGUGUAAGGUUAUGCAGACAUCCACAUGAGCGAACUAACGCGAAUGUUAACGUAAACAUAAAUAACACAAAAAUUAGACAAGCAAAAGCAAAAUGGCUUAAACAAUCACAGUCGCCGUCAUCUGAUACAGCGCUUAACCACCACCGCCGCAAAGCUUUUGAAACACCCAAGCGAUCAAAAUUAAGAUCCAGUGACUGCAGUCAUGGGGACUCACCGGACGGAGUGCACGAUAUCAUAUGGGAGCCAGCUUCUCCACCAUCUGUCUGGAAUGAAAAGGGAUCAAAGAAGUCUGAGAUUUUGGACAUUGUCAACAGAAUCGCCCCAAAGGAGGGAGGCCAUGAAUCCCGGGACUCCCCUGUGCUAGGGUGGAUUGAGGACGGGACUAUCCGUUGUACUCCGGAUGUUCCAGCACCUAGACCCAGGCGGAUAUCCACACGCCAGAACAGUGUGGAGGACCUGAAGAAACUUGCCAGAGAAUUUGACUUGAGGAUUAACAAAGAACAACAGGAGACUGGCUCUGACGGUCAUCCAGCGUCCCCCGAGCAACCACUGGCAGGGCAGGCGGCGGUUCUGGACGCGGAGCUGAAUGCCCUCUUUGAUGCUCCAACUCAGCAUCUCUCCCGCCGACUGAGCCAGAGCUCCAGCAUCUCCUCGCAGGAGUCCAAAGCCAACCUGGCAUCCGCUGUUGUUGACAGAGGCAACUCGGGACCUAAAAAAGGCAGCGGUGUCCCCUCCACUGUUGCCGACAAACCCGCGGAGUCUUCUGAGAGCGUGUCCGGGAAGGGCGACUUUGAUGACGACUGGGAAAACGACGAUCUCCUUGACGACUCAUUUGUCUUAGAGAUGACUCAGAACCCAGUUGCGCUCGACGAGGUUCCAGCGACAAUCUCCGCUGCUACCACUACUGCCCCUUGUCCUCCCCCUCGGCUCCCGGUCUCAAAGGCCGGCGACCCGGUAAUUAAGGCCAACCCGUCCAUGUCUGCCCGCAUGGCUGCCUGUGGACAGGCUGGGCCCAGUGGCGGCCGUGGUGGCGGUGGCAGUAGUGCCACUGGAGUCCCGCCGGGGCCCCGCUCAAAGCCGGCGACAUCUGCAAACCCAAGCACUUUCAUGAUGGCGCCAAGCGGCAACUCGCUGAGCAAAAAUACCACAACAAGCGAGCCACGGAAGCCGUGUUUUAAAGCAACCGAUGCAGGGAAGCACGAACACAGCCAGGCACAACAGCAGGAGGCCCAGACAGCGGCUCCAGCAAGCAGUAAACAGCAAACUUCAGACUAUCUCAGCAGUGUCCAGAAAAGCUUGAAGGGUGUCCCGGACAAGGCCGUAAAAUCUCAGACGGUCUCUGAGGACGCGUGGGGCGAGGGAGGUGACGAGGACGACGACCUGCUGUACCAGGUGUGUGACGUGGUGGAACGCCUCUCGUCGAGUCAGGAGGAGGCACGAGCCACAGCUGGCGGUUCGAAGCUGGCACCAAACUACUACACCAGGCAGCUGUCACUGUCACCGACGGACUGCACGUCCGCUCAGACGCACGCCGUCAUAACAGGCAGCUGGCCUCCUGCACAGACGUCGGCCGGCGCCGGGCGGCCCUCGUACAGCUUCACCCGUACGCUCUCAAUGCCAAACUACAGCACCGGCUCAGCCACCGUCUUUGCCACCGCAGCGCCGCUGGCCUCUGGCUUCUCGGCUGGACGUGGCGUUCAGAGCUGCGCUGCUGCCCCCUCCGGUUCCCACAGGCCAAACCAGUACAAGUUCACCCAGCUGAGGAACCCUCCAGCGCACACGCAGAACCAGCAGGGGCCCGCAAACCCCCAGGGGACCCGGGGCCCGAACCCCGUGAACGCCCAUCAGGCCGCUUCCAAGCGCCAUCUGCACGAGCCUAGACCACUGGCCAACAAAGUGUUUGUCCCCAACCAGAGGCCAGCGAUGUGCUCGGCUGCGGAAAUCGAACGGAAAAAGCAGGAGGCGAUCGCCCGGCGGAAGCUUCGAGUAGAAGCAUCCCAAAGAUCUGCCAUGCUGACGUAAUCCUGCAGACGAGCCUUAUUUGUUACCCUGUGUGCCUUGUGUAUAUACAGUAUAUAUAUGUAUGUCUGUGUGGGUCUGUGUGUACACAAGAUGCAUGUUGUGAGCUCCUCUAGAGGCCCGUAAUGGAACGGUAUUAGAUUACCACACCUAAUUCAAACUGACACGUGUCCGAUGUGAACAAACGCGGUCCUGUGACGGAGAACCUGCCAAGCUGCUGACCAGCUGCUGCGGCUGCUUCUGCUUCUACUGAUGCUGCUAUUAAUCCCUGUAGCAGGUCCGCCGGACCCUCUGGCCCGUGUUUCGAGUUGACCUUUUGCAUUAAAGUGGGCAGCCAGGAGCCAGGUCUGAGCUGCUAUCAAGGUCAGCCCUUUCAGUGGGACCACUAGGUGUGUGUUUGUGUGUGUGUGCGUGCGUGUGUGUGUGUGCGUAUGCAUGUGUGUGUGUGUGUGUGUGUGUGUGAGAGUGUUCUGAUGGGGUUACGCUGAUGGACGGUUCCGUAAGCUCGUUUGACAGAUGGACUAAGGUGAACACAGCAGGCAUGAUUUCCAGGGUUUUGUGUUUGAAUGAUUUUUUUUGUGUCCAAGCCAAUCAAAGUGUGACAAGAUGUCCUUAUUUUCUGUGAAAUCUGUUUUUGUGUGCCAUUUCAUGUUCACACUCUGUGCCACUUUAUGUUCUUAUUUGCACCGUUUAAGAGAAGACCAAAGAUGGAUGGAAUCAUGUCACUUCUAUCUUGUUUACUGUCAUGUCACCUUAAAAAAAACGUCCCACAUCCUGUUUAGCUUUGGAACUGUUUUGAAAAUUAAACUAUUCUUGUACAAGUUAAAAAUA